GAUCCCGUAAAAUGAUGACAAUUUUGAUGUUUUGUUGGCUAAUUUGACAUGAAGUAUCUGUAAGAGACGCAGACAUCUCCGCGCAAAGUGCAUAUAAAGUGAUUUCGACCACUGUUGGACACAAAUUGAUUCAACUAACAUUAUUUUCAAGAUGCCUUCCUACAAGUUGACCUACUUUGCCGUUCGUGGACUCGCUGAGCCCGCCAGACUUUUAUUUCAUCUUGCCGGAGUUCCGUUUGAGGAUGAACGACUGACUUUUGGAGAUGGAAGCUGGGAGAAGCUGAAGGACAAAACCCCAAUGGGUCAAAUGCCUGUCCUAAACGUCGACGGAUUUGAAAUCCCCCAAUCUGCUGCCAUCACUCGCUACCUUGCUAGAAAAUUCGGGUUCGCUGGAAAAACUCCUGAAGAAGAAGCUUGGGUGGACGCCGUCGUCGAUCAAUUCAAGGAUUUUUUUGGAGAAUUCAGAAAACUAAUUAUUGCUCAGCGAGCCGGAAAAUCAGUGGAAGAAAUUGAAAAGCUCACCAAGGAAGUUAUCAAUCCAGCUGUAAGCUCGUUCUUCAAAAUUCUCAAUGGCCUUCUGGAAAAGAGCAAGUCAGGAUAUCUCAUCGGGGAUUCGAUCACCUUUGCGGAUCUUUUCAUCGCUGAAGAUAUGCAAUCCCUUAAAAACUUUGGAUUCCUGAAUGCUACGGAGCAACCAAAAAUUGCAGCUCAUCUCGAAAAAGUGUACUCCCAUCCGAAGCUGAAGAGUUAUAUCGCAAGUCGUCCAGUUACCGAGAUCUAAUUUUUUUCUAUUUUCUUUUUCUACUUUUCAUGAAAUACGCAUUUUUGAAAACGAAUAAUAAAGUAUGAUAUGCUGUCAAA